AUGGCAGAGAAAAGUCCGUUACCAUUAGGGCUCACGCUCCGGAAGACUCCAUCGCUGCUGGAUCUCGUGUCGCGUUUGAUCUCUCCAACGGUUGCUAGGGCUCCGGUUCCUGACAAGCGUAGUGCCGCAAAUGAGGGAGAAAUCGUCGCAAAGUUCUACUAUGCAAAACGAAGGUUGAUAUGGGAAAUUCUGGAGAGGGGGCUCAUGAACAAGAUGGAAAUCCAAUGGGGCGAUGUCACAGGGUUGCAUGCAAGUUUGUCAGAGGGAACAGAGCACACUUUGCGAUUCGCUUGUGGUGUCCUCAACAAGCACUUUGAGAGGCUUAUGAAAUAUGAUGAGCGAUUGCGGAGCAUUUCGACAUUGCAAACUUUGAAUCCCGACCAAGCUACUGAUCACCAGCAAAUGCCAUUAGCUCUUCAAGAACAAUCCCGGCCGUUAUCUCAGGUUCAGUUUUCCGAUUCUCGUGAUGUUUCUCCUGACCAGAGCCUCGCUUGCGCAGUGAUGAAUCUGCCAUGCAUCGACGAGAAUCAAGCCAUGGCAAUGAUGGACAACAGAACGAUGAUGAACAGCGGUGCAAGCUGCUGGUCAGACUACGAUUUCGCCGCAUCCGCCACUGCGCUCUCAGAUUUCCUGGUCGAAGAUCACGUCGCGGGCACGAGCCGGCAGAGCUCAAACCCACAGGUCCACCAAAGCCCAACCAAGGCGUGGCUGGGCGAAGCCGAUCUUGAGAGCUUCAUGAUGUGCCCAACAGAUCAAGAUCACUUCGUGCCGGACCAAAAUCAGACAUAUAGUCCGGCAAAUCCUUUGACAACACAAGCAGCAGCAGCAGCAGCGGUGGAAGCAAACUUUCCACACCCGCAGAUGCCGCCCGAGGAAGUUAGUGUGAUUUCAAGAAAGUUUUCUGCAGGGGAUUUGCUGGUCAACCUCCCGAGAGUUGCGUCGCUCCCCGAGUUCUUCAACGUCUUGUAG